AUGGGGUGUGAAGCAACUAGUCCACACAUUCACCCAGUAGGUUGGUGUAAAGAACACAGAAGAACUCUUAUUACUCCUCCAGAUUAUCCAAAUGUGAAGCAUUUUUCUUGGGAUAAAUACUUAGAAGAAACCAAUUCUUUACCUGCUCCUGCAAGAGCUUUUAAAGUGAAACCUCCCCAUGGAUUCCAGAAAAAAAUGAAACUUGAAGUUAUAGACAAAAGAAACCCCAUGUUUAUUAGAGUAGCAACAGUUGCAGAAACAGAUGAUCAUCGAAUAAAAGUUCAUUUUGAUGGCUGGAAUAGCUGCUAUGAUUACUGGAUAGAUGCAGAGUCUCCUGAUAUUCACCCAGUAGGCUGGUGUUCAAAAACUGGGCAUCCUCUUCAGCCUCCUCUAAGUCCCGUAGAAUUAAUGGAAACUACAGAGCAUAGUGGAUGCUCAACCCCAGGAUGCAAAGGGGUUGGCCAUUUUAAAAGAGCAAGACACCUGGGCCCCCACAAUGCUGUCAACUGUCCUUAUUCAGAAAUCAAUUUGAAUAAAGACCGCAUUUUCCCAGACCGCUUAAGUGGUGAGAUGCCUCCAACCAGUCCAUCGUUUCCAAGAAAUAGAAGGACAGAUACAAAUGAAGUCUCUUCAUCUCCUGAAAUCAGAGCACAGCAUGCUGAUGAUGCUAAAGAAGAAUUUGAAGAGAAAUCAGAGAAUGAAAUGAGAACAUCACAUGAAGCCAGAGGUGCCCGGGAAGAGCCUAGUGUACAGCAGGCACAACGUCGCUCAGCUGUCUUUCUCUCCUUUAAGUCCCCCAUUCCAUGUCUGCCCUUGCGCUGGGAACAACAGAGUAAACUUCUUCCAACUGUUGCUGGGAUCCCUGCCAGUAAAGUUUCCAAAUGGAGCACUGAUGAGGUAUCAGAAUUCAUCCAGAGCUUACCUGGCUGUGAAGAGCAUGGAAAAGUAUUUAAAGAUGAACAAAUCGAUGGAGAAGCAUUUCUGCUUAUGACCCAAACAGACAUUGUUAAAAUUAUGAGUAUUAAGCUGGGCCCCGCACUCAAAAUUUUCAAUUCUAUCCUGAUGUUCAAAGCUGCAGAGAAGAACUCUCACAACGAACUUUGAAGGUGGUGAAUAUUGAAUACCAUCAGCUUUCUGCUUUAAAGUUCAUAUUUUAUUCAAAGCACAAGGACAGUUAUAACUCCUAAGUGAGAGGCUCCAAAACUCACAAGAACAAUGCUAUUGGAUUAUUUAUAUUCCUCAAGAGACAAUAUAUAUGAAUUCUUAUGAAAGUGCUUGAGCUUUUAACCAGGUACUGUCUAACAACAGUCAUCUUUUGGUUCUGUUCACUGAGCUAAAUUUACCUUUGUAAA